AUGAUUGGAUAUGCAAACAAUGGAUACCGGCUAUGGAACAAUGAAAAGAGAAGAGUAGAAAUACACAGAGACAUAAUAAUAUUCAAUGAGAAUAAAGAAGAUAAAAUAAAAUCAAAUGAGAAAAUUAAGAUAACACAGAAUAUAAUAAAUACAGAAGAAGAUAUAAUAAAUACAGAAGAAGAUAUAAUAAGUACAGAAGAAGAUAUAAUAAAUACAGAAGAAGACAUAAUAAAUACAGAAGAAGAUAUAAUAAACACAGAAGAAGAUAUAAUAAAUACAGAAGAAGCAAUAAGUACAGAAGAAGAAAACUUGAACUUAAGAAGACCAGUACAACAGAUAGAAAAGCAAAACAUAGACAUACCUAACACAGAACUAGGUACAAGAAGUCAAAGAACACGAAAAAUACCAGAGAAGCUUAAGGAUUAUGUACUACUUACCUACAAAGAAGCUACCACAGGAAUAGAAAAAGAAAAUUGGGAGAAGGCAAUAGAUUCAGAGAAGGAAUCAUUAAAGAAAAAUAAAACAUGGAGUCUAAUAGACAUAUCAGAGGCAGGCAGGCGUGGGUGA